AUGUCUGCCAUCGACAACGAAGAUCUUAUCGACUACGAGGAGGAGGUCGCCGUCGCCCCUUCUUCCACUACCAACGCUGCCGCUGCUGCCACUGCGGAUGCCGACAAAGACAAAAAGGGAUCCUACGUCGGUAUCCACUCUACAGGUUUCCGUGAUUUCCUCCUCAAGCCCGAGCUUCUUCGUGCCAUCUCCGAUCUCGGUUUCGAGCACCCCUCCGAAGUCCAGCAGGAAUGCAUCCCUCAGUCCAUUCUCGGCAUGGACGUCGUCUGCCAGGCCAAAUCCGGUAUGGGUAAGACGGCCGUCUUUGUCCUUGCUACCCUUCAACAGAUCGAGCCUGUUGACGGUGAAGUUUCCGUCCUUGUUCUCUGCCACACCCGAGAGCUCGCCUACCAGAUCCGCAACGAGUACCACCGUUUCACCAAGUACAUGCCCGAUGUCCGCACCGGCGUCAUCUACGGUGGUACCCCGGUUGCCGAGAACCAGGCGAUGCUCAAGGACAAGUCCAAGUGCCCUCACAUCCUUGUCGGUACCCCUGGUCGUAUGAACGCUCUCGUUCGUGACAAGAGCUUGAAGGUCUCUGGCGUCAAGCACUUUGUCAUUGACGAAUGUGACAAGAUCCUGGAGCAGGUCGAUAUGCGCAGGGACGUUCAGGACAUCUUCAGGGCCACUCCUCACCACAAGCAGGUGAUGAUGUUCUCUGCUACCCUUGCCAAAGAAGUUCGUCCCACUUGCAAGAAGUUCAUGCAGAACCCCCUCGAAAUCUACGUCGACGACGAAACCAAGCUGACCCUGCACGGUCUUCAACAGCACUACGUCCGCCUCGAAGAAUCGGCCAAGAACCGCAAACUCAACGAUCUGCUCGACUCGCUCGAAUUCAACCAAGUGAUCAUCUUUGUCAAAUCCAUUUCGCGCGCUAACGAACUGGACAAGCUUCUGCGCGAAUGCAACUUCCCUUCCAUCUGCAUCCACGGUGGUCUUGGACAAGAGGAACGUAUCAAGCGCUACCAACAGUUCAAGAACUUCGAGAAGCGUAUUCUCGUCGCCACUGACAUCUUUGGUCGUGGUAUCGAUGUCGAGCGUGUCAACGUUUCCAUCUCGUACGACACUCCUAGCGAUGCUGAUAGCUACUUGCACAGAGUUGGUAGGGCUGGUCGUUUUGGUACCAAGGGUUUGGCCAUCAUGUUUGUUAGCAGCGAUGAGGAUGCAGAGGUGUUGAAGCAGAUUCAGAGCAGGUUCGAGGUGGCCGUUCCUGAGUUGCCAGAGACUAUCGAGGCCAGUUCUUACAUGAACGCUUAA